AUGGGUAAGAUAUAUACAGACAUGUUUAAUUUUUGUGAAGAAAUGGAAAAACUGAGAAAUUGGCUCAUUGGUCUUGUGUUGCCUGGGUUAUUUACAAGCGAUGACAUCAAUGCGUUAGAAAGACUCUUUCAUUCUUUUAAAUUCAUAUUGGACCAACUCGAAAUUCAACGAAUAACUGAAAGAAAAGUUAUAGUGGCCUUGAUGUUUAUUGAACCCAUUCUCGACGUGUUUAUAAGUCGUCGGAUUAAAACUAUUAUUAGUUCUUUUUGGAGGAAGAAAUAUUACUUUUAUACUAAAGUAGACCGAGCUUUUUUUAGAGAGCCAGAACAAAGAGAAAAGGCCAAAAAUUUGUUCAAAUAUGCAGAAGCUUACAUCAGAAAAUUUGCAAAUGAAGUUAUAGCAAUGACUCGAACCCCUCUAUUGGUCAAUGCCCAAAAAGCUCAACAAAUUGCAGCUAAGAUGGAAAGUUUAUUGUCAUUUGUAAAUAAUGCCGAUGACGGGUAUUACGGAAAUCCUCUAUUACAAACUUUUUGA